GGUAUGAGGAACAGAUGAGCUGUGAGGAGUGCAGAGCGACCAGAAAGAAGUGUGACUAAAGAGGAACAACGAGAGGGACAUUACCCGUUCCUAUCUUUUCAUGUUUUAUUUUUAUUUGCUUAGUCUCUGCUGAGUGGAUGUAGAGUAUUGUGUUGUGAUCAUGCAGUGUGUUUGCUCUAGUUACUGUGCAGACAGAAUGAGAGUGACUAUGUGCUGACUCUCGGAUUGAUGGAGCUUUACGGCUGGCCUGCCAUGCAAAGACUGAUGCUUUGAAGUGUUGUGCUUAGAAAAUGGACGUCUCCCCAAAGUCAGGAGAAACUCUGAUUGUGUACCACAUCCAUGGCCAGUUUGUUGGGUGGCCCCGACAUAACUCGGUACAGACAUCUAGGCAGCCACGCUCUCUGAAUUUAACCCACAGUAUAUCCCUACCCGAGAGAGGAGAUCUGCCAAGGGAAGCACUUGACUACGGUGGUCUAAGCCACACAAACAAGUCAAGUUCAACAGAAACGGCAGACAAGAAGGGUACUGAAAAUUCUAGAGGAUACAAAUCGUUCCCAAUGCUUUGUGUUUGGUCAGAGAACUCUCCAUCAACCAGUCCUCAACUAAAUAAAGAGCCAUCCCAUCGCAGAUUGCAAAACCUCUUCAUCCCUGAUUCAGAAGUGAAUGAGGAUGAAGAGGAUGAGGACUCGGAGGGAGACAACUUGCAUAAGUACUAUGAGGGGUCAUCCCUUCAACUACAAGGAAAUGCGACUCACUGUAAUAUGAAUACGUUUAGCCAAGCCAACGAAAACAAAGAACAAGGGAGGGAGCUUGAUACAUGUGGUGAAAGCAAAGGAACCCCUGUAUUAAUGGAAUGUGAUGAACAGGAUUGGGGUGAUGUGGAAGACUUUAGCAGGCAAACUCUAGAGGAACCUGGAAGCUGGGCUCCAACUGAAAAUCUUAUUGAAUCCUUCACUCAAAACCAAACGGACUAUAUCACCGACUCUUCGUGUAAUAGCUCAGAUGGAGUACUAGUUAACUUCAGUGCCAUAUACAACAAAACCAACAAUGCAGUUCCUGCAACUCCACUCAACCUAGAUAGUCCUGUUCAUGGAUCAGGUUCAAUGUUGCAAGACAGUUCAAACCCUUUGCCCAGCUGGUCAUCUCACAGCAGUGAUCCAAACUGCAACAUCUAUCCAUCCAACUCUGAGGGUUUCCCAUCAAUGGACAUUUCUGACCUUACCAUGUGUCUGCAGAGUCAGGCUCGGUUAGCAGGUUCCUCCCAGAAUUACUAUAAACUGGUGACGUGUGACCUAUCAUCCCAGUCUUCACCCAGCCCACCAUGGUCCUCUUUGACCAGUUUCUCUGAGACUCAAAGCCAUGGAAGCUGUUCUCCACCUUCAGAAUAUUUCCUUUUUGGACAUGCAGUGCGAGAUGAAAAGAAGAACCCAAAGGUUGACCAAAGUGAACACCAGGGUGAUGAAGGGAGGAAUAAGGACCAAUCUAAGGGAACAAAUGAGAGGAUGGCACACAUAAAAACUUGUCAGUCCGCUUCAAAAGAACAUGGUAGUUGUAAUUAUAUCAAGACACCUCAGUCUCAGAGCUGGACUGGCAGCCAGAAAUGCUCUGUCUUAUCGAAGCUGGGAGCCCUGCAAAACAGCUGUCCCUGCCAUUCAGACACAAAUAUAUCUUCACCUCUAUCUAUGAACCACGCCACCUGUUUUGCAGAAAUUGUCCGAUGUAAGAAGGGAAAAGGAGAAUCAUCUAUGAAAAAGAGCAUAGAGGAUCCAUCAGGCUCACACUUUAUCCAUAAUCUCUCCUCCAUUCAGAAACAGGAUGAUUCAGAGAUGGCAGCAGAGUCCAUGAGUGCUGACAGCAGUAAUCAGUCCAAUCCAGAAGGUGCAUGUGCUUCAUCCCCAGAAGUUGUGCGAUACACAAAAGCACAAAGGCCCACCUUUCUCCCCAUUCAGCCCUUUGUGCUUCAGGCACCCUCAGGAAAACAACAGAGCAAGACUCUUGGUUCUCUUCUCAAUCAGUACAUGAGCCACAAGUACACCAAUGCUGGUCCAUCCAAAGCUCCUUGCAAAAGCAAGGUACACCCGCACCAUGUACAACCCUCUCCUCUCGGGAGCUCUUCUAACAUUCAUCUGGAGGCAGCGACCAGUUCAGAUAGUUGUUCCACCUGCACAUCAAGUCCUAUUUUGCCCCAUAAUCGCCCCCAUUGUACCCAACCUAGCACAAUGUUAGGGCUUAUUCACCAGGACUUGAUGAACAGAAAUCCACAUAUGAGUCCAAAUACCAGACCAAGAAACCCUCAAAGCCCAGAGCAAACAGAACGGAGUCCAAAGGCCUGCUCAAGUCAAAGUCAAAAACAAUCCUGGUCUGGAAAACAGUCUUCUCACAACUCUCUUCUCGAGCAGGUGCCCCUUGUUCAGAUUCAGACUCCACCAGUAAUUUUAGAGGAGACUACAGGUCCUCUGGAUGCAUCCCACCCUUUACAUCAAAGCUCCUCCCCUGCCAUUACAUCAGUCACCUCCUUGACCUCUAUCUCCUCCCUCAUCUCUCUGCCCGGCACUGGACAAAAAUCACUUCGGCAUCUUGAAGCUUGCACCAAUGAAGAACCCAAGAACAAUGCUCACAACAUCUUUGGGCCAAUGAGAUCACCUUGUGUUAUGAGGGAGCGUCAACACAGUGACUCAUUCUCUAUGACAGACAGACCCCCUGACGAGUUCUGCCUUUCCCAAGAAGCCCCUUCAGAUGUUCUUUCAAUCGAUAUUCUACACAAGAGAAGUAUGUUGAAAGCUGUGAGUUUAGCAGUGGAUCUAAUAAUAGCUAAUUUCAACUCAAGACAAGACCCAGAGGAAAAGAUCAGACUGGGAAACAGUUCACUGUGCACCACAAUCAGCAUCCUUGUCCUUAAAAAGCUCUACCCCGCAAUCCAGAACAUCCUUCAAGAUGGUUUGAAGGCGUAUAAAUUUGACUUGAUUAUUGGAAAGCGCCGCAACAAUCUAUGGAACAUCGUGGAGGCCACGACACAACCAGGCUCAUCUGCCCGAAUGCCUGACAGCUUGGUAUCUGUGGUAAAAAAAUGUUCCCAGUUAUCAAGUCGCAUGCGGCUCAGUGUCUUCAUCAUAGAUCUGCUAAACUUGCGUGCUUUGGAAUUCUGGAUCCAUCAUGUAUACACUUGCGUAGAUGUUGUGACGGAACACUAUCAUCAUUGGGGUUUCUUGGCUCUGGCCCAGGGGCCAAUUUAUGGACAACUGUUUCAAGAGCUGCUUCUUUUGCUGCAGCCACUAUCCCUGGUGCCUUUUGACCUCCAUCUGCCACCCGAACCUCAAAGUAUGGAAAAGCAAAAGUACAGAGCACCUUUGCCUCAUCGGCUUCUUGCCCAGUCAGCUCAGUUUCUUCAAAUGAGCUCUAUCCAGACAAACAGCAGAAGCUCAAAAGGUCCCAGUGAUGUUAGUGAAACUGACGCAUCUUGGCAAAAUCAGACACCCACCUCAGAGUGUGGAACAAAGACGAAAGAAGAUGAAGCACAUGAAAUGGAAAACAUUGAAAUGCCACAAUAUUUAACAAGUCGUCUGGAGGAUAAACACUUCAGUGAACUGCGUUGGGCCAGACUCUUUGGCUCUGGAGUCGGAACCCUAGUUGGGCCACAGAGGGCACAAAAGAGCAUUAGUGGAUCUCUUAGAAGUAGGCGGCCCUCAGAAUGGCUGAAGCUUGGAGCAUCAAAAGUGGAUCUGCUAGCACAGUCAGUGUGGACAGGGAAAUGGCCAGAGGCUCAUCCAAAUGGUAACCAUGACAGAGACACAGAAAAAUAAAGAUGAAAUAUGAACUCUUAAGACCCCACAAGGAGUCUGAUUUCAGCUAGACAGAGUAGAAGCACAAUUAAUCCAAACUAAAAAUCACCUAAAUGAGAUUUUACCCAAUGCAAUCUGUUCCUGGAUAGAAUGUUGCUAUAGUGAUUUACCAAUCAGGAAAAUUUCUAUUAUAGCUUGGUCUUUGAAAGGUAUAAAAAUAUUCACUUACUUUUAAGUCAUGAUGUUAUAAAGGUUUUUAGAUUAAAUUUAUAACACAAUCAAAGUAUUGUGCAGAGAUAUAUAUUAGCUAUUAGCAUAUCAAGCACAAAACUGGAACUGAGGUCCCCAGAAGUCUUUUCCAACCAAUCCCUGCACUUUAUCUCCGUCUCAGGUCAGUAGCUGUCAUCUAGACAUAUCAUUUCUGCUGUUAUUGAACUAUGUGGCUUUAAAAAAGUAAAUUUCCAUUAUGGUCUAUUAAAUAGUUUCUAUUACUUAGCCAUUUCCAUGCAUGAAAGUAUGUAUACACAUGACAAACUAAAACUGUAGUUUUCUUUUUUCGUAUUCAGUGAAUUACAACUGCUUUUAUUGCAUUUUUUUGCACGGUGGAAUCUAUUUCUUUGAUAAAUAUGCAUGCCUGAGUAGCUAUAUUACUUAUUUAUCACUUAACAGCAGGACUAGUUAAGUAGUGAUAUUUGUUGAUGACUAUUCGCCCAAGUGGGACCCCUGAUGUUAGUGAUGCUCGUUGAAGAGGAAGAUUUGAUUAUGAGUAAGUUUUAACAGCAGUGAUUUUUCUAUUUCCUGAUAUUAAAGUUGUGCCCGAUUGGAACCUUGUGAUAAUAAAGAUUUGUUGAGUCAUUAA